AUGGCACCAGUUCUCAAGAAGUACAAGGCCGCUGCCGUCAACGCUGAGCCCGGUUGGUUCGACCUUGAGGAAUCUGUCCGCCGUACAAUCCACUGGAUCGAUGAAGCCGGCAAAGCCGGGUGCAAACUCAUCGCGUUUCCGGAGCUUUGGAUUCCCGGAUAUCCCUACUGGGCUUGGAAGGUUACCUACCAGGAGAGCUUGCCUCUACUGAAGAAAUAUCGCGAGAACAGCCUCGCCUCCAACUCGGAGGAGAUGCGCCGCAUCCGAGAGGCAGCCCGUGCGAACAAGAUCUGGGUCUCGUUGGGCUAUUCCGAGCUUGACCUAGCCAGCCUGUACACGACGCAGGUUCUCAUUUCUCCCACAGGCGAUGUCCUCAACCAUCGACGGAAGAUUCGCGCCACUCACGUCGAGCGUCUGAUCUUCGGGGAUGGCACCGGUGACACUACCGAAUCGGUCACGCAGACCGAGAUCGGUCGCGUCGGCCACCUCAACUGCUGGGAAAACAUGAACCCGUUCAUGAAGGCGUAUGCGGCCUCGUUGGGCGAACAGGUCCACGUUGCGGCUUGGCCACUCUACCCAGGCAAGGAGACACUCAAGUAUCCCGAUCCAUACACGAACGUGGCGGAGGCCAAUGCUGAUCUGGUCACUCCUGCGUAUGCCAUUGAGACGGGCACAUACACCCUGGCUCCCUGGCAGACGAUCACCGCCGAGGGUAUCAAGGUCAACACGCCCCCUGGUAAGGAACUGGAGGACCCCAACAUCUACAACGGACAUGGUCGGAUCUUUGGACCCGAUGGACAGAACCUUGUCCCUCACCCAGCCGACGAUUUCCAAGGGUUGCUUAUUGUCGAUAUUGACCUGGAUGAAUGCCAUCUAACCAAAUCGCUCGCCGACUUUGUGAGUUCAACGCCGCCUGGAACGACCUCAGCUAACAACGAACAGGGCGGCCAUUACAUGCGCCCGGAUCUAAUUCGCCUGCUGGUUGAUACCAACCGAAAGGAUCUCAUUGUGCAUGAGGAUCGUGUGAAUGGAGGCGUCGAGUACACUCGUACCGUUGACCGGGUUGGGUUGUCGACUCCCUUGGACGCUGUGAGCCAAGAGGCCGAUCAGGAGAAGUGA